GCACUAAUUUGAUGGGACGUUGUCAACAACACUAUGGUCAACAACUGGUCGGGGAGGAAGAAAAGUGUCAUUUGCGUGUGUGUUAGUUUAGAGUGGCAUCAAGGGGGUAUUUGUUCACGUAUUUUUAGCGUAAGGUUUUAUAUUUUGAGAGAACCACUUAAUGUUCUAAUAAGCAGCUAUGGACGAUAAAGUUAUGGAAAGCGGCUAACGUUAGCUCACUGAAUGUCUUUCAGUCAGUUGCAAUUGUCAGAAGUUGGCUAGUCCCAAGCUAGCUGCUACGUAUUUAGCUACCGUUAGUACAGUGGGGGUUGGCUGCUAUUUAUUGUGAGCGUCUGAUAGCCUGCGGUGGGUUGUGGUCGGCUAUAAAAACAUCACGUCUGUCGAGCGCCUGUAAACCAGCUGAGGGUCCCCGGUUCUGGACGUAAGGAGGUAUUUGAGAUAUCCUACCAUGGAUCUGUUUGACAGUAACAGCACAGGUAAGAAGGGAGGACAGUGGGUACAGUAACAGCAAGCUAACAGCAGCAGGCCAGCUAAUAACUAUCGGGACACUGGCUGCAAGCUCACAGGGAGUGACAUUCACCCGAGGACACAUGUUGAGAAGGGAGGAAUCGGCUUUUGACAAACCAAAUGACAACAACUUUAUGUUUUCUGAGUAACUGGUUUCUUUUUGCAGUUGUGGAUUUACACGGAGCUAACUUAAUCUCAGUAUCUGUUGAUAGUCCUGCAGUAACAUGAUAACAUUUGCAUACGACUGUCUCUUCCUCAUAAACAAAAAGCAGAAUGCGCUGUAAGAAAAUGUAUGGUUUAUUCAGACAACGUUUCGAUUUUAUUUGAAUUAAUGACCUGAUCAGUACCAGCAAUACAUUUCUGAACGGACAUCUUGAAACUCUUGACAGAUAAACAGUGUCCUCUUCUGUCAGGACUGAAGUUGUCUGUUAAAACACAGCAGCACUGUCUUCCUUGUUUAAGCCCGGUGGCUUGCUAGUAGCUGUGUUUUGUCUUUUGUGUGGAGCUCUGAUAAGUCAUGUUCAGCUCCGGCUACCAGCAGUCAGCUGCUUUAUUGCCUCUGCUGUGCUCCCAGGGCGUCCAGGGCUUUAUUAAAACAAGCAAAAAGGCAAGUGCACACACUGUACUACCUCUCAGGAAAGAUAAAUAUUCUUGAAUUGAAGGGAGCUACAAUCAAAUCACAGCAGUUGGACUUCCUGUUUUUGUGUGUGUGUGUGUGCUCUAGGUUAUGACUUUGGGAUUUUUGGUGUAAAACCACACUUUUGUUUCACAAUCACUUUUUUUUAAUCAGAUAAUGAUGCAAAGGCCUUUGCAGAUUCUUGUUAUUAUUGUUUUAGCCACCAACUAACCAGUAACAGUAUUGUGGCUCACCACUCUGUAGCUGUUUACUGUAUUGGUUGUGUGUUCUGACUUGACCUGAAUUAUUUGACGCACCUGUCAAACUCAGACAAAGCCAUUAUUUUGCUUUCGUUCUGUGAUGCUAAGGUAGGAUUAAUACAUGCUUCGAGUCAACAGGAAGAAGACAGUCAGCAGUUAACAUGUUUUACUGCUGUAUUUACGUAUAAUCUUGUUGCUUGUUCACAUUUGUCUGGCUGAUGAUAACGACCUCUGUUGUCUCAGCAUGUCAUCUGGCUUAUAUGAAAUAUCUUCCAUCAUAAUAACAGAGACGUAUCCCCACAGCUGGAAAUAGACAAUAUGACGAUUAUUAAUGUUUGAUGUGUUUCUGUGUGAAUUCCUUUUUCAAUCCUUAACUUUUCUGGACCUUACACAGUACCUGCUACUUAGCUUCUAGACUAUUAAUAGACGUUCAUACCACAGCAGUGAGGUCCAGACAGAGAGAUUGUGACAACCCAUGCAGUCAUAUCAGAAACACUGUACUGAACAGACAAGAAGCCAGAUAAUUUACUUCUUACAUUUCUGGGGUGUUGCCUUUCUUUUGGAGAGUUAAGGCUCAUCUUUGUUAGUUGUACUCGUCUUUGAGUGAAUGGCAUGUAUUCACUGCAUGUUUGUCGUCUCCUCUGCGCUUUCCACUCAAAUUCACCAACAACUGAGACUGAAUAUCCAUUGUCUUUAGCCUGUAAAACCAUGAAUGGAUUGCAAGGCAGAAUGGGAGUUUUACUUCGCACAGCUUUUCACUAGUUUAGAUAUUGAAUUAAGAACUUGAACAUGCCUCUGAUUGUUUCAGGAAUUACUGCUAGGAGACCGUGGCUGCCAAAAAAAUUACAGGAAUUUUGUAAGACAAGGCUUAACUCUUAUCAUGAUGCUGAAGGCGCAGGUUGGUUUCAGGAGAUGCAAACUUUUGUACACUGCAGUAGCAUGUAACAUGGUCAGAUGAUGAAUAUUUAUUGUAUUUGCUCUUUCUUAGUAAGAUAUUCUCAGUUAGUUUCAUUGCAGCUUAGCAAAUUAGCUGUGAAGGAGAGUGAGUGAUGUUGCUCUUAACAGGCUUGGUAAUGGCAGUAAGUAACAGCGUAUAACCAGCCAGAUGAACCAGUUUUAUUCAGGUCAAAGUGCCAGGAAGUACUGUUCGAGGUGAACUAACAGGAAAUUGCAAGAAACCGCAUUUAAGAAAUACUUUAAAUGGUUUCAUGUUUCUUGCACUUUCAAUGACAGCAACAAAACUUUGUGUUGAUCGUUGUCUUGUUGCCACUGCUUUUUGCGGAAAACGCUGAAAUUCCCAAAACAAUGCACAUACGCUUACGUGUACGCCUAUUUGCACUGUUAUGUGUGACAAUCAUUUCUACUCUGGUACGUCUCUCCUGUCACGCUUUCUUCCCUUUUUGAGAAUCUUCUGUCUGAUUUCUCUUCCUCUAUGUGUUGCAGAGCACGCCAACCUGCCAAGGAACAUGAUUGAGAACAGCAUGUUUGAAGAAGAGCCUGAUGUGGUAGAUUUGGCCAAAGACUCCACUGCCUUUCCGACGUUUCCUGCUCUUGACCCAGAUGAGGUGGCAUAUGAGCCUCGUAGCUCACGGUUGCUUGUGCGAGGCCUGGGAGAAAAUGACAUGGACGAGGAUGAGGAGGACUGUGAGUCUUCAGCUCGUCUCCUGGGCAUGUCCUUCAUGAAUCGUAGCUCUGCGCACAGAUCCAGUUCUUCCCCUUAUGCCAGACAAGCUCCACCGAGGUCAUGUUCACGACCCUCAGCCCGUACCAUGGUUGUAUGUGUGUUAUUUCUGGUGAUAGUAGCCUCUAUGACCAUGGUACUGUACUUCUUACCUGGCUGCACCUUUACCAAGGCGGGUUGUCGAAAGCCAAACAAAACCACUCCAAUUCAGCCAGUUUACCCUAACUCCACAAAUGGUGAACUGUUUCCAUGGGCAGAGCUCCGACUACCUUACAGCAUACACCCUAUCAGCUACGACCUCACUCUGAACCCCGACCUCGAUGACACGACCUUCACCGGCCAAACUGUUAUCAACAUGACUGUGCUUCACAACACAAACCGCAUCGUCCUGCACGGUGCCAACCUUAACAUUACCAAAGCUACCUUCAAGCUGGAUGAUGGCGAGGCCAAGGAAGUGACAGUACUGGAGUACAAACCCAGACAGCAGCUAGCCGUGAAGUUCUCUGAGGAUCUGAAGGCAGGCCAAUACUGUGUUCUAACUCUGGAUUACUCUGCAAACCUCUCACACACCUAUGAUGGUUUCUACAACAGCUCAUACACUGAUAAAGAUGGAAACAAAAGGGUUCUAGCAGCGACACAGUUUGAGCCACUGUAUGCCAGGAAGGCCUUCCCUUGUUUUGAUGAGCCAUCUUUCAAGGCCACUUUCCUGAUUAAAAUCAACAGAAAGCAAGGCUACAUGACUCUUUCCAACAUGCCUAAGGCUAAGUCGACACCACUUCCCAAUGGCCUUGUGCAAGAUGAGUUUGAAAAGACCAGCGUCAAAAUGAGCACCUAUCUAGUUGCCUUCAUCGUUUCUAACUUCACCCCGAUUAGCAGAAAUAUUUCAAACACCCUGGUGUCUGUCUACUCUGUGCCAGAGAAAAAGGAGCACACUGACUAUGCUCUGGACACAGCUUCCAAACUGCUGGAGUUUUACAAUAGCUUCUUUGAAAUUGAAUACCCCCUCAAAAAACUAGACUUAGUAGCCAUCCCAGACUUCCUGGCAGGAGCCAUGGAGAACUGGGGUCUCAUCACUUUUCGGGAAACGACCCUGCUGGUGGGCAAAGAGUCCUCUCAACUGGAAAAACAAGUAGUCGCCUCUGUCAUAGCACAUGAGCUCGCUCACCAGUGGUUUGGAAACCUGGUAACUAUGAGGUGGUGGAAUGACCUGUGGCUCAAUGAGGGCUUUGCCACUUACAUGCAGUAUAUGUCACUGCAGACAGUGUUGCCACAGCUGGACACUGGUAAUUUGUUCUUGUCAGUGCGGUUUAGAGCCAUGGACAAAGAUGCACUUAACUCGUCCCACGCUGUGUCGACAGAGGUUAAUACCUCGGAACAAGUGGAAGAGAUGUUUGAUUCUGUGUCCUACGAAAAGGGUGCAUCUAUUCUUCUGAUGCUGAACACUUCCUUGCCUGGAGACCAGCAGUUCAGAAAGGGCAUCAUUGAAUACCUAAAGCAGUUCAGUGGGGCGAAUACAGACACUAAUGACCUCUGGAACAGCCUCACAGAGGUUGAGGUUUCCACACAUCACCAGAAUGUUUCAGAGAUGAUGAACUCAUGGACGUCACAGAAAGGUUUCCCACUGGUCACUGUGAGCCGCAACGGAGAUGAAGUGAACUUCACGCAAGAGCACUUCCUGCUCACAUCUGAGAAUGCCACGCAUAGUUCCAGCUUGUGGAAUAUUCCAGUGACAUACGUAAACGACAGCUGUAGUUUGGCCCCUGAGUGCAGACAGGUAUUCAAUUUGAAGACCAAGUCAGGCACGCUUAAGAUUCCAGAAAGUGUAAAGUGGCUCAAGCUGAACUACAGAAACACAGGCUUCUACAUUGUCCACUAUGGAAAUGAGGGCUGGACAGCUCUUAUAGAUGCUUUGUCCAAAAAUGUCAGUGUUCUUACCCAUGAGGACCGUGCAUCGCUUGUGCAUAACAUCUUUGCUCUCUCCAGAUUUGGACGCGUUUCCUUCCAACAAGUCCUCAACCUGUUGAAUUAUAUUCCCGGUGAAACGGAGUCUGCUCCUGUGACAGAGGCCUUAUUACAGCUCAACAGGAUUUAUAGGCUGCUCGACAAAAGACAGGAGUCUGGUCUUGUGGCCCGCAUGAAGAGCUAUAUUCUGAGCCAUUUUGGCUCUCUGAUGAAGAGUCAAACAUGGGGAGAGGAGAAGAGUGUCUCUAAACAGGAGCUGCGUUCGGCCCUCCUGGGGAUGGCCUGCAGUCUGAAAGAAGAAAAUUGCACACAGCAAGCAAAACUCCUCUUCAAACAGUAUGUUGACUCCAAUGGGACCUCUAGGAUUCCAGGUGAUCUGCAGCAUGUUGUCUUCUCAGUGGCAGCUCAGUCAGAUGAAGGCUGGACGACUUUGCUGAACAUGCAUGCACAUGCUACCUAUGAUGCGGAGAAGCGAAAAAUGCUGCAGGCCCUAGCAUCGACUGAGGACACAAGACGUUUAGUGUGGGUUCUGAAGACAAGUCUGAAGGGGGAUAUCAUCCAGACGCAGGAGUUGCCUCUGGUCAUCAGCACUGUGUGUAAUGGAUUUGCUGGCUAUCUGUUUGCCUGGGAUUUUAUACAAGAGAACUGGGACCGCCUCAUAGAGAAGUUUCCUGUGGGCUCCUUUGCUAUCCAGACAAUCAUCAAAUCUGCUACCUCCCAGUUCUCUACACAGGCACACCUUAAUCAAGUGCAGGCUUUCUUCUCCAGUCUGAAGGAGCGUGGCUCUCAGAUGAGGAGCGUGCAGGAAGCUUUGGAAACCAUCAGACUGAACCAGCGCUGGAUGGAGGAGAACCUGCCGACACUCCGAAAAGGGCUGUAUCAUGGGCACUAAAUCCAAUCUGCACUCCAGUAACAAGCAAAGGGGGUGUGUCUUUAAGACAACAGCAGUGUUUGCACUAUUGUAGGACUGUGUCUCAUAACUCCCUCUAUCCAGGCCAGAGUAUUAAUCAACAGCAGAGGUUGUGCUCUGGGUGGGUGGACAGGGUGUUUGAUGUUUUGAGAUUGGUCCUGUCAGUUGUACUUGAUCCCUCAGGGUGGCUUUGAUUGUGUGUCUGACAGGGUGUUGUCAGAUGCAACACACACUCAUGUUUUAUGCUGUUGACCAAACUUCCUCUGCAAUUCUCAUCUGAACCUCAUGCCUGAGCAGACAAUCAUGCUUCACCUGCAGUCCUUUAGUCCAGCUGGAUCUCAGACACCUAACUGUAUGAGCUGUGUAAUGGCCACUUCAAAAACCCAAAUUAUGAUGAAUGUCAGCAUGACUGUGUAUGUGAGUACUGUCAGUCGAAUGCGAAGGUGCAGCUCUAAGAGAAUCCUCAGUAAGGAUAAACUGAAAAUACUGCUACUUGAGGGAUGGAAUUCAUGUUACCUUAACCAUUUAUCUCUGUGCUAUGAAAAUCAGUAUAGAAAUAAUAUAAUUGUAGUCUGUACUAGUUUUUAUGCAACCUGAAGCAUUUGGUAUAUUAGUCAUGGUUGGACUAGACGAUUGGUUGAUUGGUUGAUUGAUUGAUAGCUUAAAAUACCAAACUUGUGUUGGCAUCAAUUGAAUGUACUGAAAAACCUUCCCACUGUGUACAGUAGACAAUGUACAGAAAAAAACAGUGCAGGUUUAAAUCAACAACCAAUGUGUCUUAGGUGAGAGCAGACAGUGCACACUGGAGCCAAAUGUUAAUUUCUUUCUUCCUCUACCAGCCAUAAACCCAGUUUUACUCCAAUCAACAAGGUUUAUUUUGAUUGCUUUUUGCCUGCUGUGCAGUAACUGGACAGCGUCACUCUUUAACUCCAUGCGCGCUUGUAAAGUUGUAAUUAUAAUGUAAAUAUGCCCAACCCCUUAGCCUUUUCCCCUGCGAUUUUGGAUGUACUAUUUUAAACAUCUUGACUUUAAACAUUUUAGGAUUUGCUUUCUGUUGUGUAUAUAGAGUGUAAAGAGGAAAUGUAUACAUAGAAUUGAUCAAGAGCCUUGGUCAAAACUUUUUACUGUAUUUCCCGAUUUAGACAACCACAAAGAGAUCCCUUUGCUCAUGAAUGUUGUGUUUUAAGGGCUAUUGUGCAUAUUGAAGAUACAAAGUAUAUAGAAGUAUGUCUAUGUUGAUAAUCUGUCCAGUAAGCUGUUGCUGAUCAGCCAAAAAAAAAUGCAGAGUUUUAAGCUACUCCAGUGUUUCAGAGUACAAUGAUGAAUGAAGAGUAGGCUAGCUAUUUAUUGUCUAAUGUCCCCUACUUAAGCUCCAAGGUGUUAUUUAAAUACGACUGUGCACCGAUUAGCUUUAUUUUAAAGUAGAAUUAAAUCCAUUACUUGUCAUGAUCCACGGGGUCACUGAUGUCAGUAGAUCUGAAAAUUGUUUGUUUUUGGACAUCCUGGUUACCUUCAUCAGACUCUCAUUUCUUUGGUCAGUCUCAUUGUUGGAGCCUCUUUGCCUCAUUUGUGUGUAAACUGCAUUCAUAAAAAGAGAACUGAUGACUGUUACAAAUGAAACGGAGCAGAUCUGUGUGUCUACAGGUUUAGGUAUCUUGGUUUUGUGCUUGAAGAGCACACAAAAGUGGGAACACUGGUGAGGGACAGGCGUAAACUAACCGUGACGUCACCCGUUGGUUUCAACGCUGAGAAAAUGAAGCCCGGAUUUUGCUACUUCCUGGUCGCCGUUUUGGAUUUUUUGGAGCCAGUGACGUAAAAAGCUUCAUCAAACAGGCUGGACCGGAGAGCAACUAGGGGCAGGAUUGGCUGAGGACUCUCUUAUCCCGCCCACAUUUUCUGUUGCUGUCUAUCAAGUAUAGCCACGCCCCCUGGCUCCGCCAGCUUUAACGAUUUAUUUAAAAUUCAGUAUUGAUUUAUUUUAAGAUUGGCCACCUGAUCUCUCAUUUUGACCAUGAAAACUAACGGGAAAAAAAAUCCUGAGCUGUAGAAAAUCAGUCUAUCAAAUUUCAUUUUUUCCAAAAAUGAAUUGGGGUCUAUGGAGCAAAAGCUUUUUGGAGCCAACCCUAGCGGACGGCGUGAUAUUGCAAGUUUUUGACACUUCUGGGUGGGCUUCAAAUUUGGAGCCAGAUGCUACGUCCAUCUUUAUAUACAGUCUAUGGUGAGGGAUCAUGUGCUUAACUUUGCACUAGUGACUCCUAGUGGAUGGUCAGGGCAGCUACAUGUAUCUGGGAUGAUUAAAAUGAACCUUGCUGGAUGUUAACAAAACUGAAGAAAACACAGAGUGACACUCUGGGUGGGUGCUGGUGGAAGCACCCUAGGUUAACAGUGUUGGAUCAGUUUGAAGAAUCACAGUACAGAGAAGUGUUUUAACAAUUAAAAUGAUCUUUACUUAAGGAAUCUUGUUUUUUUUAUAUAUAUCUCCACAGAUUAUGAACAAUGUUAUCCCUUGCCAUAUUCCAUUCUGUCCAUCUUAGUUUCACAGACUGUGUGAUUAUGUGCUUGGCUGGUAUUUACUUUUAUACCAGGGAACUGUAGACUCUAUUGUUUGUAUUGUUUUGGGAAGUAUUCCUUAAUCAGCCCAUAGAGUUUUAUUUGGGUGUCAUAUUUCAGUCAAGUUCUACCAGUGAUGUGAUGUGAUGAGAGGACUGUAGAGUACCACAUGUGCAGUGAGCCCGGUCGGAUUGUCUUUGUUCUUGCACUGGGAUGAAAUGCUGUAGAUGCUUCCGAAGUUUUGUUGCUCUUCAUGUGAACGAAAUAUAAAUAAUUCUUGUUUUCUGAAAA